GCAUCUGCAUUGACCCUCCCAGCGCCAGAUAGACCUUGCUCUUUGGCGUGGGCGUUGUUGCGGCCUAAAUCAUGUCAGCAUUAACAUUUAGUUGGGGGCGGGGAUUGGUGUGACUAUAAAAGGAUAGGUGAAGGACUCUUGAUGGAACUAUUGGUAUCUUUAUUUUUUUAAUAUAAAUUUCAAGAAAGUAAUUGGGCUUAUUAAAUCUUUUGUGAUUUGGGCAGUAUAGCAUGUAGCAAUCAUAGAGGUGCUCUUGUAUUGCCUGUAUUUUGACCUUAUCAAAGGUCAUAGCCCACAACCAGUUAGUAUCCUAGUUGUGGGCUAUGUAGUUGUACAAGACAUUACAACUGGGGAAAGAGUACGUGGGAUCGUUGUAUUUCUGAAACUAUACUAAUUUGCAAUUAUGUCAGUAAGUAAUUUUUUAAAAGUUAAGACAUGCAGGACUGGAAACGCAAGUUAUAACAAGCUGCUGGCAGAUCUGUUGAGAGUUUGGUUGCAAUGCUGCCCAACUGAGAGCUUCCCAGACAUUCUUUUGAAUCUCAAAAGAAAUGCUUGUUGGACUUCUGCCAAGAUGGAGGCAUAGGUGCAUGUGCCGUGCCUUCUCACACAACCAAGUUUAGAGACAACUAAAUAUUAGCAACAGAAAACACAGCCAGAACACGGAAAAUUGAACUUUUCGGAAGUCCGUUAACAAAAAAUUCUUCAGCCUGACCGGUAAGGGGCGAAACCAGCGGCUGGUGAGGGGUUGCACAGGAGGACUCGGUCAGACGGACUCAGGCGCGCGGAAUCUAGACGCGCGGAAUCCAGGCGCAGGGUUGGACCUAGUGAGCGACCAAGCGAGCCACGAGGCGAGUGACCACGGAGGAGACAGCGGGGAAGCGCUGCUGCGUGUUGACUGUGGUCGCCCAUUUGUGCGCGAGCGGACAGGCCAGGGAGUGGGCGGUUGGACUGGGACCCGGCGGUCCCCAAGGCAAGCGGCAGUGGAGGGCGCCGCCAUUUCCCCGCUCUGACCACACCCCACAUACAGCAUCACAACCCAGCGACCUGGGAGUCCAAGGCACGGCUUCUCACACUUAAAGGGCCAGAACAGACCAAAAAUGUCGCAAGAUCUCAAAGCCCCAGAGCCCAUACCUCUAAGUGAUGAAGAAAUAGCAAAACUCUCAGACGCACAGUUUAAAACACUGGUCAUCAGGAUCCUCACAAAACUGGUUGAUUAUAGCCACAAAUUAGACAAAUAUAUGAAGGCGAAACUAAUUGAAAUUAAUGGAAUUGCACAGGACACCAAUAGCAAUGAAAAGGAAACUGGGACUCAAAUCAAUGGAGUGGACCAGAAGAAAGCAAAUAAUGGCCAAACAGAAAAGAGUCAAGAAGCAAGAAUUCAAAGAAAUGAGGAGAGUCUUAGGAACCUCCAGGACAUCUUUAAAUGCUCCAACAUCCGGAUUAUAGGGGUACCAGAAGGGGGAAAGGCACAGCCACCAGUGGAAAACUUAUUUGAACAAAUAAUAAAGGAGAACUUCCCCAAUCUGGCAAAGGAAAUAGACUUCCAAGAAAUCCAGGAAGCUCAGAGAGUCCCAAAGAAGUUGGACCCAAGAAGGAACACACCAAGGCACAUCAUAAUUACAUUAGCCAAAAUUAAAAUGAAGGAGAGAAUCCUGGAAGCAGCAAGAGCUAAGGGGACAGUCACCUACAAAGGAGUCCCCAUCAGACUGUCAGCGGAUUUCUCAAAAGAGACCUUACAGGCAAGAAGGGGCUGCAAAGAGGUAUUCCAAGUCAUGAAAUCCAAAGACCUACAACCAAGAUUGCUCUAUCCAGCAAAGCUUUCAUUUAGAAUGGAAGGACAGAUAAAGUGCUUCUCAGAUAAGAUCAAAUUCAAGGAGUUCAUCAUCACCAAGCCCUUAUUAUAUGAAAUGUUAAAGGGACUUAUCUAAGAAAAAGAAGUUAAACGUGAACAGUGAAAGGACAACAAACUCACAGUUAUUAACAACCACACCUAAAACAAAAGCAAACUAAAAGGACAGCUAGAUCAGGAGUGGAAACAUAGAAAUGAAGAUCUCAAGGAGGGUUAGCAAGAGGGGAGUGGGAGGAGGAGAAGGGGGGAGAAGGUACAGAAAAUAAGUAGCAUAGAAAGUAGAUAGAAAAUAGAUGGGGGGGGGCAAGAA